AUGGCAAGUCCAAGGUUGUUAGGGACUGCUUUCCUGGUCUUGCUUAUUGCAGACCUCGCCUUUGCUGCUAGGACACUGCAGGCAAUCAGUGGAGGUGGAAGGAAGGGAGCUGGUGGUGGUGAUGGAGGUCAAGGCAUUGGAUCGGGAAGUGGGUCAGGCUAUGGAAGUGGAAGUGGUGGUGGCAAGGGUGGGAAUGGAGGUGGCGGUGGUGAAGGUCAAGGCAUUGGAUCGGGAAGUGGAUCAGGCUAUGGAAGUGGCAAGGGUGGGGAUGGGGGUGGGGGUGGUGGUGGAUAUGGCUCUGGGCCAACUUAUGGUAACAGUUCGGCUUAUGGGGAGGCCUAUGGCUCUGGAUAUGGUGGAGGCAAAGGAAGUGGUGGUAAUGGAGAUCAAGGCACUAGAUCAAGAAGUGGGUCAAGUUAUGGACGUGGAAGUGGCGGUAGCAAGGGUGGCAAUGGAGCAGGUGGUGGAGGAGGUGGUGGUGGUGGUCAAGGCACUGGAUCAGGAAGUGGGUCAGGCUAUGGAAGUGGAAGUGGCAAGGGAGGUGGUGGUGGUGGUGGAGGUCAAGGCACUGGAUCAGGAAGUGGGUCAGGCUAUGGAAGUGGAAGUGGCAAUGGCAAGGGUGGGAAUGGAGGUGGUGGAGGAGGAGGAGGAGGUGCCGGUGGAGGUCAAGGCACUGGAUCAGGAAGUGGGUCAGGCUAUGGAAGUGGCGGUAACGAGGGUGGGAAUGGAGGUGGUGGUGGUGGUGGUGGAGGUCAAGGCACUGGAUCAGGAAGUGGGUCAGGCUUCGAGGGUGGGAAUGGAGGUGGUGGUGGUGGUGGUGGAGGUCAAGGCACUGGAUCAGGAAGUGGGUCAGGCUUUGGAAGUGGAAGUGGCAAUGGCAAGGGUGGGAAUGGAGGUGGUGGUGGAGGAGGAGGAGGAGGAGGUGCUAGUGGAGGUCAAGGUACUGGAUCAGGAAAUGGGUCAGGCUAUGGAAGUGGAAGUGGCAAGGGUGGGAAUGGAGGAAGAGGGUCAGGCUAUGGAAGUGGAAGUGGCAAGGGCAAGGGCAGGAAUGGAGGAGGAGGAGGAGGAGGAGGAGGUGGUGGAGGUCAAGGCACUGGAUUAGGAAACGGAUCAGGCUAUGGAAGUGGAAGUGGCCAUGGUGGGAAUGGAGGUGAUGGUGGUGGAGGUCAAGGCAAUGGAUCAGGAAGCGGGUCAGGCUAUGGAAGUGGCAAUGGCAAGGGUGGGAAUGGAGGUGGUGGUGGAGGAGGAGGAGGUGGAGGAGGAGGCACUGGAUCAGGAAGUGGGUCAGGCUAUGGAAGUGGAAGUGGAAGUGGCGGCGGCGGCAAAGGUUAUGGUUCUGGAUAUUGA